CCUCUCUGUGAUUUGGAAAUUCAUUCAAAAUUUGAAAUCUCCCUCACUCCCCUUCUUCUCAAUCUCAAUCUCAAUCUCGCCGCCUUCCACAAUUCUGCAAUUCGCAAUACCUCCCUCCAAUCCUAUAUAUGACGCUGUAUGUAUAACCAACUCACCAUACGCUCUGUGUCUGCGGCCAAAAGCUUUCGCUCCUGCAGUCUCCAGUUGAACUGAAUCGACCUUUUCCGUCUUUAAUCUGUGUAUAAUCUGCUGGACAAAUUUCAAAUGGAGUCGUUGCCGGAUGCAAUAGUUCAGCACAUUUUAUCCCUAAUCAGUAAUGCAAGAGAUGUAGCAUCUUGUAAUUGUGUAUCAAAAAGAUGGAAAGAUUCAACUCCAUAUUUGAGGAGCUUAUUCUUCUCCAGAGGCCUCUUCGAUCGCCUCAGCAAUGGCAGCGGCGACACUCCGGAUGCCGUGCUCUGUCGAAUGAUUUCAUAUGUUGUAAAGCUAGAGGAGCUUGUAGUCUACUGCCCAUUCACAAGCUCCAGCUUAGCCUCAUGGCUGUCGUCUGCUGGAUGUUCGUUAAGUAAACUUGAGCUUCGACUCGACAAUAUAUCCGAUCAUGAUGAAAUCCCUUCAAAGUUGGAUUGCUUGAGGGCUGCUGGAAAUUUAGAGUCCCUUAAGCUUUGGGGUGUGUUGAUGGUUCGUGCUCCGAAAUGGGAUGUUUUCGACAGGCUUAAGAAUCUUGAAAUUGUUGGCGCUCGGUUGGCGAAUGCUGCGUUGUCUUAUGCGCUCCACGCUUGUCCGAAUUUGACUUACUUAUUGCUUCGUGGCUGCGAAGGAUUAACGACUGUUUUGAUAGAUAAUCCUUACCUUAAACAGUGUAAGCUGGAUUUCUUCGGAGCUGGCGACUGUUCGCUGGAGAUUGAAUCAUCGAAGCUUGAGUUGCUUGAAGUGCAAGGCUGUAGUUACAUUCGGGUUCCUGAAACAAGUUUCUUGAAGGACCUAUCGAUCGCCAACAACUCGGGACGGGUGAGGGUUGUCGAAUUUGGGAUGCUCGCGGCACUGGACAUGUUGUCGAUGAGAGGUGUUCAAUGGCACUGGAGUGCCAUAAGCAAAAUGCUUCAUAUGGCUAACAAGGUCAAGAAUCUCUACAUGAAAGUGGAAUUCACCGGCGAUUCGGAUGUCUUUCAUCCCUUCCCGGAGAUUGAUUUUGUCGACUUCUUCAACAGUCAUCCGAAGCUGCAUACUUUCGACAUGCACGGCGCAAUGUUUGCAGCUCUUUGCCAGAGGGACAGCCUGAAAAAUGUAGAUUCGAGGUUCGACAUACCUGCUCUGGAGGAGGUUGUCAUCACCGUUCGGUCCCCUUUAAAUGCCGAGCAAAAGAUGAGUACUCUAGAGUCAUUGAUAAAGUAUGCAAAGAAUUUAAGGAAGAUGAGAAUAAAGAUUCUACAGAUGAAGAGCUGCCAUAGCAGCUCCGACGAUUUCUUUGAUGAUAUCUGCAAGUUUCGACGCAAGAAUCGCAGAAUUGUUUCAAUAGAAUGAAGAAAAGGAUUUCUUUUGUCCUCUAUUCCCCAUUUGAUUGUGUUGUUAUUUCGUUCACCUUUUUAACUCUAAUAAGAGAGACAGAGACAGACUAUUCUUGCAGAGUUGUCGAAAAUUCGAAAGAAAUGAAACCAUUUUUCAUCUCAAAAAAA